AUGUUCUCCUCGUCGAAUUCCUUCCUCGGCGGUGGUGCUGGUGGCCGUCCCGGCCAGGCACCAUUCAUGCAACAGCAGCAGCAGCCCCCAUACUCGCAAUUCCCCCAGGGACAACAGCAGCCACCGAUGCAACAGCCUCAGCCGACGGGAUUCGCUCCGCAGCCGACCGGUUUCGCCGGCCAGCCCUCGCCAUUCGGUAAUUCGCAGCUCCAACCUCAGCCCACCGGGUUCCCCGCGGGACAACAGCUCCAGCCGCAGUUCACUGGCUACCCCGGACAGCCACAGCAACCACAGCAACCACAGCAGCCCCAACAGACAGGCUUCCAGCCUCAGCCUCCCGGCCUGCAACCUCAAUAUACCGGGUUCCCUGCUCAGAAUCAGCCCCAGACCCAAUCGCAGCCUCCUGUCCCGCCUGUUCCUCCUAUUCCGCAACUGCAGGUCCCCCAAGCGACGGGACUCCCGACCCGUGCGAAGACGUCAAGCGAAAUCGCGAACUCCUUCCAAGAUAAUGGCGCUUCUGGCCCGCCUCCUCAAGUGCCGCCUAAGAAUGGAUCGCGCAUUCCGAGUAUCCGGCUGUCCUUCAUCACGGCCCAGGAUCAGGCCAAGUUCGAGCAGCUGUUCAAGUCUGCGGUUCCCGACAGCAAGACAAUGGAUGGUGACAAAGCGAGGGAUCUCUUGAUGCGUUCCAAGCUUCCUGGCAGCGAUCUUUCCAAGAUCUGGGUCUUGUCGGAUUCGACCAAGUCCGGACAGCUGUUCUUCCCUGAGUUCGCUUUGGCUAUGUAUCUGUGCAAUUUGCGCUUGACGGGUCGCGAGUUGCCUGCUGUCUUGCCGGAAACUAUCAGGAAUGAGGUCUCCAGCAUGGUCGAUAUUAUUUCCUUCGAUGUGCCCGACACCCAGCCCGAGCCGGUCCGUCAAACUAAUGUUCCCAACUUCGAUGGAAGUGUCUUGGAGAACAAAUCUACACCACCUAUUGUUCAGCAACCUCAGCCCCAACAGCCUAGCAACUCAGCUCUUCUGUCCCAGCUCACUGCCCAGCCUACUGGAUUCCUUAACCAGCAGACCGGCAUGCAGCCGCAGGUCACAGGCUUCCCCGGCCAAAACCAGUCUCAAUUCCUUCAACCCCAGCAGACUGGGUUCAUGACAAACCCCCAAGCUACGGGAUACAGUGGUCCUCGGCCCCCAAUGCCCCCUAUGCCAACUGGAUUUGCCUCCAACCCUAGCCCUGCUCAGACUGGCGGUCUCCAAGUGCAGCCAACGGGUCUUCAAGCGCAGCCGACUGGCAUUCCUGGCCAAUGGGGUUUCAUCAACACCCCGGCACAGGGUCUGCCCAACAUUGAAGCUAUGAAGCAGCAACUUAUGCCGCAGCCCGGCCGUGAAGGUGGUUUCACAACUGCCAAUCUUUCUGGUAAUGCCACAGUUGCCUGGGCUAUCACCAAGGAAGAGAAGAAGAUUUAUGACGACCUUUUCCGUGCCUGGGAUGGAUUCAGUAAGGGUUUCAUUGGCGGCGAGACUGCCAUUGAGAUCAUGGGUCAGAGUGGCUUGAACCGGAAGGACCUCGAGCGUAUUUGGACACUCGCCGAUCCUCACAACCGUGGGCGUCUCAACAUGGAUGAGUUUGCCGUGGGUAUGCACCUGAUCUAUCGUGCUCUUAAUGGAUACCCCGUUCCCACUCGUCUUCCUCCGGAGCUUAUCCCACCUUCCACCCGUCACUUGAACGACUCCAUUGGCACAGUCAAGUCGCUGCUUUCUCAAGAUGCGGAGACUAGAAAAACUACCGGUGCGUUCUUGCAGCCCCAGAAGACCGGCGUUAGCUACCUGAAGGAUCACUCCUUCCGUGGUGGUGGCAAUAACACAUCUGGAUUCGGCCGCAAGGAUGCGACUAUGUUCAAGAACAAUGACGCUGCUGGUGGCUACCGUUCAAGUGCCCGCCGCCGUGUUGGAAACGACGCUCGCACCCCGUCCCCGGCUGCCUCUUCUCAAACCUCCGAGGGUGAGGAGCUCUCUGUCGACCAGCUGCGAAAGAAGAUUCGUGAGACUCAGAUCAUGCUGGAUGCUGUCGACUUUCAGGACGAGAAUCGUGCGGAGGAUGAUGAUGCUCUGGACCGUCGGGAUCGCCGUGAGGCAGAGAGCCUUAUGGACCGUAUCCGCCGUGUGCAAGAUGACAUCGACACCCAUCCCAAUGCUAGUUUCCGCCAGCUUGACAGCGGGGCUGAGCGUAGAUCUCUCCGCCGCCAGCUGCAGUCCCACGAGGACCAGGUUCCCCAAGUUGCUUCAGACGUCCGACGCGUUGAGCGCGAGAUCGCUGAAGCCAAGCUCGAGCUCUUCCGCCUUAAGGAUGCCAAGGCACACCCCGGAAGUGCUGGCAAUAUUGUCGGUACUGGCCCUGGUGGUGCCAUCACCGAGGCUGAUCGGAUCAAGGCUCGCGCCCGUGCCCGUAUGCAGGCUCGUGCCGCCGAGCUGUCUGGUCGCCCUGUGCCCGCAGCUGAAGGAGAUGACGGUGAGGCAGCUCGCCGUUUGGAGAGCGAGAGUGCCGAUGUGAGGGCGGAAAGGGAGCGCAACGAUAUGAUGACCCGUGAUGUCGAGGAGAGCGUUCGCGAGUUCACUCGCAGCCUUGAAGACAGCCUCCGCGACGAGGGAGAGAACUCUACACGCGAGCACGAGAAGCGUCGUUGGGAGGAUGCCCUUGGUGUGGAGGAUAUAAUUCGUGACUUCAUCUAUGACCUGAGCCGUAAUAGCCGGACUGCACAUGUUCGCAAGGAAGAGUUACGGUCGACUCAAGAGCAGCGCUCAUCUCCCGCAGCCGAGCCAUCCACAGCUCGUCCUUCCAUGCCGGCAUCUACUGGCUCUUCAGGCUCCGUCCCUGGAAACACGCACGAAGAUCGUGUUGCCGCUGCUAGGGAACGCGCACAGAAGCGUAUUGCCGAGCGCAUGGCCGCUGCUGGUCUGAAGCCUGCUAGCUCCGAAGAGACUCUGGUGCAACGCCAGGAGCGGGAGAAGAAGGAACGGGAGGAACGUGUGCGACGUGCCGAGGAGGAAGAUGCCAAGCGUGAGCAAGAGAGACAGCGCCGUUUGGCCGAAGAGAAGGGCGGAUCUGCCCCCACUACCCCUGCUGCCGCGGCCCCCAAAACCGUAGGCAAGAAGCCACCGCCUGCUCCUCCUACUCGCAGAGCUCGAACUGAUAGUGCCGGUCAAGGCGAUGCGAAAAAGGCCGAAGAGGCUGCCAAGGAACAGGCUAUUCGUGAGCAGGCUAUCAAGGAAGAGCAAGAAGCGCAAGAAGCCGAGACCCAGCGUCUUGAGGACGAGUCCAAGCUCCGUGAGGAUGAAUUCCAAAAGGAGAAGGAAGCUCAAGCAGCACGCCUACGUGCUCUUGAAGAGCAGGUCCGUCAAGGCAAGGUCAAGAAGGCCGAGGAGAAGCGGCGCAAGGAAGAGGCUGCACGGGCAGCCAAGGAGAACGAAGCCAGACUUGAGGCUCAGCGUGCUGAACUCGAGGCUGCUAAGGAGCGCGAACGUCAAUUGCAGCGUGAGCUCGAGGGCAUUGACGACGAGAGCUCUUCUGAUGACGAAGGCCCUGUGGACAUCACCCCUCAGGAAAGCACUCCGACUCAGAGCCAAGUUCUCAACGCCCCGCCCCCGCCGCCAGUUCCUACAAUCUCUAUUCCCGAGCCCUCGGCGGCACCAGCUCCUGAGAGGGUCCCUACUCCUGAGCCCACUUCUCCCGAGAGCGCUCGCGCAUCCCAAGCCGCAGCCACCUCCGAUGCCGAGUCCAAGAACCCCUACUUCAAGUCAUUGGGCCAGCAACCCUCCGACUCCAUGCCUGCGACCUCACCCCCGGCUACUACCCAGUCUACCAACCCCUUCCACCGCCUCCAUCAACAAGAAGCCAUCAAGCCAACAUUCACCGGAGCCGGUCCCCUGGAGCGCAAGACUCGUGCUCGCCCCGAGGAAGAUGACGACUGGUCCCAAGCGGGCUCAGACUUCGACUCCUCCGACGACGAGGAAGAGCGCGCAGGCGGCGGCAGCGCUAAACAGCUCGCCAGCAUCCUGUUCGGCACAAUGGCUCCUCCCCGCCCUCUGAGCGCCAUGGACGAAGAGAAACCGGCCUCCCAAUCCGCAACUCCUGUCCAAGACAGCCCCGUCGCCCCUCCACCCCCUCCUCCCGUCCCGGCGGCUGCCCCCGAGCCUGAGCAAGGAGAUUCCUCUCCCGCCCCGCCAGCGGGCCUGCCUCCUCCCCCUCCUCCUCCUCCUCCAGGCAUGGGCUCCGCCCCCGCCGCACCCCCUCCUCCUCCACCCGUCCCCGGCGCCCCCGGAGCACCCCCUCCGCCUCCACCAGCAGCAGCAGCUCCCCCACCCCCUCCCCGGCGGCCGCCGGUCCCCCGGGAGACCGUUCUGCGCUCCUGGCCUCGAUCCAGGCAGGAAAGGGUCUGA